AACAAAAUAGAAUACAGUAGUCUUACAGUGGAUCUGGGUAAAAGAUACAGUAGUUUAUGUACAUUACAACGGCCAGGAUUACAUUGGCCUGAAUGACGAACAGGAAAACAUCUUAGUACAGCCCUACUUGUAAACUUCCAUGUGUGUAUGGUUUUACUCAGUAGACUGUGGGUGUCUAAUUUUAGACAAUCGUCGUAAUAUAUGGCCGAUAGAUUUAUUGACGUAAACAUUGUAUAUCCGGAUAUGUGAUUUUAUUGCUUCCAUGCACCCGACCUGUUCCACCACCGGGUAUGGUACGUAUACUAUAAUUGUGCAUGCCGCGGCAUUUAAAAUCAGUAAUGAACGAAAAUAGACUAUAAACAACCGGGACGCUUGUCACACAGAAAUGACGAAUGGACACCACGAAUAUUAACCUUGAGGAGCGUCCUAGUCAUCGACUGGAAGUCAGAGACAGGGCAGCUCUGGUCAAUUUCCGAGAAGGUCCCUAUAUAUGUCACAACACCUUGGUAACUCACGCGGAAUUCCUGAAGGCAGCCAAUGACGCCAAAGAACCACGUGUAUUCCGGGUACUUCCGGUGGGCGGCGCGAACAGCAAUAUCGGCGACGUGUUUGCCCUUGUCACGUGGUAUUUCUUGUGUGUCUAUUCCUGCUGUGUCAUCCCAAUUGCCUGUUACUGUGAAAAUACAGUUAUAAAUAUCGUCAAUACCACAGUUUCGUGUGUCCUGCUUAUGUAUCACAUCACUGCUAUAUAUGCAAUCACCAAAAACAGAAAGAAGGUCAGGCGGAUGCUGUGUUUGGCAGAGACAACCGCGGAUAGAUAUCAGGGUUACCAAAAUUACUUUUUUGACGUUAGAUCCAACAACACUGAACAGCUUUCUUUUCUAAAUCUGAAGCAUAGGAGAAAACUUCAACAGGAAAUCGUUAUACGUCAAGGAAAAGGUAUGGUGGUGAUGCUUUGUACAAAGUCGUACUGGAGGAGUCGCAUUAUCUACCCCAUUGUGUGCCUUUCUGUCCUCAGUGUCCUCAGUCUCAUUGGUGUUAUCGUCCAACUGGAAACCAUGAAGCGCAUCAGUGGUUGAUAGACAUGUCCAUAAACCCACGUCGUACUUAACAGAGACAAUGGCGUUGGUACGCUUUAUUGUUUAGAAGGAAAUUUUUCUAUUAUCUUUGCAAAUGGAAACAUUCAUAAGGAAUCACUUAGAUAAACACACGAAAAGCCAACACUUUGUAGACUGAUGAAAUUAGUACGUGAUUUUGAUAUUAAUUCUAUUAAACAGGACCUUUGUCUACGAACUCAUGAUCUGAUUGGUUGAUUUGUUAAACCACUAUUCUGUAUGAGAACAAUGUCUGUAUAUUCUUUAUAUAAAAUGGUGCUAUAUCUGUGUGUAUACACACAAUAAUGUAUAUGUACUUACGGUGCCUCUUGAUUGAUUUUUUCCUUGUAUUCUAGACUUGUAUUUUUCUAAUGGGAGAGAUGUAAAUAUAUAUCAGUUAAAUGACAUACCUCCAGUAUAAAAAAGAUAUAAACAUUAUGUCAACAUUUCGAUCAUAAUAUUGAUAACUUAGCAUGAAAUGUAGCACUGAGCACAGAGCUGUCGAUAUGUUGAUACAAUGAAUAUUGGAAUAAUGAUCUACGUUAUGAUACUGAAGACAUAAUUUUUAUGACCUAAAACAUCCAUGUAUGCUCCCAUAUGUUCAUGUUAACACCACCAGUCACACACACUACUGUACCAUACUGGUUUGUUAUGUCAUGUUAACACCAGUCACACACACUACUGUACCAGACUGGUUUGUUAUGUCAUGUUAACACCAGUCACACACACUACUGUACCAGACUGGUUUGUUAUGUCAUGUUAACACCAGUCACACACACUACUGUACCAGACUGGUUUGUUAUGUCAUGUUAACACCAGUCACACACACUACUGUACCAGACUGGUUUGUUAUGUCAUGUUAACACCAGUCACACACACUACUGUACCAGACUGGUUUGUUCUGUCAUGUUAACACCAGUCACACACACUACUGUACCAGACUGGUUUGUUAUGUCAUGUUAACACCAGUCACACACACUACUGUACCAGACUGGUUUGUUCUGUCAUGUUAACACCAGUCACACACUACUGUACCAGACUGGUUUGUUCUGUCAUGUUAACACCAGUCACACACACUACUGUACCAGACUGGUUUGUUAUGACAUGUUAACACCAGUCACACACACUACUGUACCAUACUGGUUUGUUCUGUCAUAUUAACACCAGUCACACACUACUGUACCAGACUGGUUUGUUCUGUCAUGUUAACACCAGUCACACACUACUGUACCAGACUGGUUUGUUCUGUCAUGUUAACACCAGUCACACACACUACUGUACCAGACUGGUUUGUUAUGUCAUGUUAACACCAGUCACACACACUACUGUGCCAGACUGGUUUGUUAUGUCAUGUUAACACCAGUCACACACACUACUGUACCAUACUGGUUUGUUAUGUCAUGUUAACACCAGACACACACACUACUGUACCAGACUGGUUUGUUCUGUCAUGUUAACACCAGUCACACACACUACUGUACCAGACUGGUUUGUUCUGUCAUGUUAACACCAGUCACACACACUACUGUACCAGUCUGGUUUGUUAUGUCAUGUUAACACCAGUCACACACUACUGUACCAGACUGGUUUGUUAUGUCAUGUUAACACCAGUCACACACACUACUGUACCAGACUGGUUUGUUAUGUCAUGUUAACACCAGUCACACACUACUGUACCAGACUGGUUUGUUAUGUCAUGUUAACACCAGUCACACACACUACUGUACCAGACUGGUUUGUUAUGACAUGUUAACACCAGUCACACACACUACUGUACCAUACUGGUUUGUUCUGUCAUAUUAACACCAGUCACACACUACUGUACCAGACUGGUUUGUUAUGUCAUGUUAACACCAGUCACACACACUACUGUACCAGACUGGUUUGUUAUGUCAUAUUAACACCAGUCACACACACUACUGUACCAGACUGGUUUGUUAUGUCAUGUUAACACCAGUCACACACACUACUGUACCAGACUGGUUUGUUCUGUCAUGUUAACACCAGUCACACACACUACUGUACCAGACUGGUUUGUUAUGUCAUGUUAACACCAGUCACACACACUACUGUACCAUACUGGUUUGUUCUGUCAUGUUAACACCAGUCACACACUACUGUACCAGACUGAUUUGUUCUGUCAUGUUAACACCAGUCACACACACUACUGUACCAGACUGGUUUGUUCUGUCAUGUUAACACCAGUCACACACUACUGUACCAGACUGGUUUGUUCUGUCAUGUUAACACCAGUCACACACACUACUGUACCAUACUGGUUUGUUCUGUCAUGUUAACACCAGUCACACACACUACUGUACCAUACUGGUUUGUUCUGUCAUGUUAACACCAGUCACACACUACUGUACCAGACUGAUUUGUUCUGUCAUGUUAACACCAGUCACACACACUACUGUACCAUACUGGUUUGUUCUGUCAUGUUAACACCAGUCACACACACUACUGUACCAGACUGGUUUGUUCUGUCAUGUUAACACCAGUCACACACACUACUGUACCAGACUGGUUUGUUAUGUCAUGUUAACACCAGUCACACACACUACUGUACCAGACUGGUUUGUUAUGUCAUGUUAACACCAGUCACACACUACUGUACCAGUCUGGUUUGUUAUGUCAUGUUAACACCAGUCACACACACUACUGUACCAGACUGGUUUGUUCUGUCAUGUUAACACCAGUCACACACACUACUGUACCAGACUGGUUUGUUAUGUCAUGUUAACACCAGUCACACACACUACUGUACCAGACUGGUUUGUUCUGUCAUGUUAACACCAGUCACACACACUACUGUACCAGACUGGUUUGUUCUGUCAUGUUAACACCAGUCACACACACUACUGUACCAGACUGGUUUGUUCUGUCAUGUUAACACCAGUCACACACACUACUGUACCAGACUGGUUUGUUAUGUCAUGUUAACACCAGUCACACACACUACUGUACCAGUCUGGUUUGUUCUGUCAUGUUAACACCAGUCACACACUACUGUACCAGACUGGUUUGUUCUGUCAUGUUAACACCAGUCACACACACUACUGUACCAGACUGGUUUGUUCUGUCAUGUUAACAACAG